AUGGUUCUUGUUAUUAGGUGGCUUCAUAAUUGCCAAGAGGUGGGCACUCCAGGUGGUGUCGUUGAUUGGGGAAUAGCCCUGAUGGUCGACCUCUUUGAGGAUAAAAAGGCUAGGAGGAGUAGAAGAAGCCCUCGAAUGUUUGUUAAAGGGCUCGCCUUCCUUAGUUACAAAGGGCUCUAUGAAGGUGUUGGAUCAUCUGAUGAAGAUUAUAGUGGGGGUGAGAGUGAGGCUCCUGAAUGUUCCCGGAUGCCACCCGUGGACUGUGAGCUUAAGGACAAACUCUUCCGUAAAUAUGGUGGUUAUGUUAGCACCUUGAAGCAUGAGUUUUCUAAGAAGAAGAAAAAAGGGAAAACUACCGAAAGAAGCCAGGCAAAUCUUGUUUGA